AUGAUCAACAGCAGCAGCAGCAGCAGCAGCAGCAGCACCACCAUCCUCAAGAUACCCUUUAACCGCCUGUCCAAGCUGCCUAGCCUGGAACGGCAAAACCCCCAGCAGACUCACCAACUCGCUUAUCCCAACCCUCAUGCCUCGCAGAUUGUCCAGCAGACGCCCCGGGGCCAGUCUCUAGUAGGCGAGCAUCCCGGUAACAUACUGGCAAACUGGAACCUCGACGAUCUGCCCCCGACUCAGAAGCGCGAGGGUGUCGAUUGGUUCGCCGUGUUUAACCCUGAAGUGCCACGCGUGCUCGAUGUGGAAUUGGUGCACGACCUGGUGCACGACAGCGUCGUGUGCUACGUACGCUUUAGUGACGAUGGCAAAUAUCUAGCAACGGCCUGCAAUCGCUCGGCGCAGAUCUUCGACGUGAGCACCGGCCGGAAUGUGGCUACACUCCAGGACGAGAACGUCAACAAGGAUGACGACCUUUUCAUUCGCAGUGUCUGCUUCAGUCCCGAUGGAAAGUACCUCGCGACCGGCGGCGAGGACAAGCAGGUCCGGGUCUGGGAUAUCGCUACGCGGACCAUCAAGCAUAUCUUCACUGGUCACGAGCAAGAUAUCUUUUCUAUUGACUUCGCCGCCAACGGCCGCUACAUCGCGUCUGGUAGUGGGGACAAGACGGUACGCAUGUGGGACAUUCUCAACGAGAAGCUCGUCUAUACUCUUAGCAUCGAGGAUGGCGUCACUGCGGUGGCAAUAUCUCCCGACGGUCACUACUUGGCGGCCGGUUCGUUGGACAAGAGUGUGCGCGUGUGGGAUACAACGACUGGUUGCCUGGUGGAGCGCCUAGAGAUCCCGGACGGCCAUAAAGACACUGUGUACUCGGUCGCCUUCGCCCCUAAUGGUCGCGACCUGGUCAGUGGCAGUCUGGACAAUACAGUCAAGCUCUGGGAGCUUAAUGCACCGCGCAACAUACACCCCCACCCAAGUUCUAAGGGCGGCAAGUGCCUACGGACCUUCGUGGGCCACAAGGACUUUGUGCUCAGUGUGUGUCUGACGCCGGACGGCCAGUGGGCCCUGAGUGGCUCUAAGGAUCGGGGGGUCCAGUUUUGGGAUCCGAUGACUGGGAACGCCCAAAUGAUGCUCCGGGGCCACACGAACUCCGUUAUUUCGGUUGCAUCCAGCCCCACAAACAGCCUGUUCGCGACAGGCAGCGGCGACAGGUGUGCCCGGAUCUGGAGGUAUUCUUCAUACACUGGACGAUAA